GCCCCGGCGGCCCCGGCGGCCGCGGCGGACGCAGCAGCCCGGGCGCGCGGAGGAGGCGGCGCGGCGCGGCGCGGCUCGGACCCUCCCCGGACCCAUCAGAGCGGCUCUCCGGGCGAUGCCGGAAUAGAUGCAGGGCCAUGUCCCGCCGCAAACAGGGCAACCCGCAGCACUUGUCCCAGAGGGAGCUCAUCACUCCAGAGGCUGACCAUGUGGACACGGCCAUUCUCGAUGAGGACGAAGGUCUGGAGAUAGAGGAGCCCAGCGGCCUGGGGCUGAUGGUGGGUGGCCCCGACCCUGACCUGCUCACCUGUGGCCAGUGUCAGAUGAACUUCCCCUUGGGGGACAUCCUGGUUUUUAUAGAGCACAAGAAGAAGCAGUGUGGUGGCGGCCUGGGCAUCUGCUACGACAAAGGCCUGGACAAGGGCAGCCCGCCGCCUUCCUCCCGCGCCGAGCUCAGGAAAGUCUCCGAGCCUGUAGAGAUUGGAAUCCAGGUGACCCCGGACGAAGAUGAACACCUGCUCUCACCCACGAAAGGCAUCUGCCCCAAGCAGGAGAAUAUUACAGGGCCGUGCAGGCCUGCCCAGCUGCCAGCGAUGGCCCCCAUAGCUGCCUCUUCCUCCCACCCUCACACAUCUGUGAUUACUUCACCUCUGCGUGCCCUGGGCGCUCUCCCGCCCUGCUUCCCGCUGCCCUGCUGCAGCGCGCGCCCGAUGUCGGGCGACGGGACUCAGGGUGAGGGUCAGACGGAGGGUCCCUUUGGAUGCCAGUGUCAGUUGUCAGGUAAAGAUGAGCCUUCCAGCUACAUUUGCACAACCUGCAAGCAGCCCUUCAACAGCGCGUGGUUCCUGCUGCAGCACGCGCAGAACACGCACGGCUUCCGCAUCUACCUGGAGCCCGGGCCGGCCAGCAGCUCGCUCACGCCGCGGCUCACCAUCCCGCCGCCCCUGGGGCCCGAGGCCGUGGCCCAGUCCCCGCUCAUGAAUUUCCUGGGCGACAGCAACCCCUUCAACCUGCUGCGCAUGACGGGCCCCCUGCUGCGGGAGCACCCGGGCUUCGGGGAGGGCCGCCUGCCCGGCACGCCGCCCCUGUUCAGCCCGCCGCCGCGCCACCACCUGGACCCGCACCGGCUGAGCGCCGAGGAGAUGGGGCUCGUGGCGCAGCACCCCAGUGCCUUCGACCGAGUCAUGCGCCUCAACCCCAUGGCCAUGGACUCGCCGGCCAUGGACUUCUCCAGGCGGCUCCGCGAGCUGGCCGGCAACAGCUCCACGCCGCCGCCCGUGUCGCCGGGCCGCGGCAACCCCAUGCACCGGCUCCUGAACCCCUUCCAGCCCAGCCCCAAGUCCCCGUUCCUGAGCACGCCGCCGCUGCCCGCCAUGCCCCCGGGCGCCGGCACGCCGCCGCCGCAGCCGCCCGCCAAGAGCAAGUCGUGCGAGUUCUGCGGCAAGACGUUCAAGUUCCAGAGCAACCUCAUCGUGCACCGGCGCAGCCACACGGGCGAGAAGCCCUACAAGUGCCAGCUGUGCGACCACGCGUGCUCGCAGGCCAGCAAGCUCAAGCGCCACAUGAAGACGCACAUGCACAAGGCGGGCUCGCUGGCCGGCCGCUCCGACGACGGGCUGUCCGCCGCCAGCUCCCCGGAGCCCGGCCCCAGCGAGCUGGCGGCCGAGGGCCUCAAGGCGGCCGACGGCGACUUCCGCCACCACCACCACCACCCGCACGAGAGCGACCCGUCGCUGGGCGCCGAGCACGAGGAGGACGAGGAGGAGGACGAGGAGGAGGAGGAGCUGCUGCUGGAGAACGAGAGCCGCCCGGACUCCAGCUUCAGCAUGGACUCGGAGCUCAGCCGCAACCGCGAGAACGGCGGCGGCGGGGUGGCCGGGGCGCCCGGGGGCGCGGGCGGCGUCGGGGCGGCGGUGAAGGCGCUGGCCGAGGAGAAGGCGCUGGUGCUGGGCAAGGUCAUGGAGAACGUGGGGCUGGGCGCGCUGCCGCCCUACGGCGACCUGCUGGCGGCCGACAAGCAGAAGCGCGGCGCGGCCGCCUUCCUGAAGCGCGCGGCGGGCGGCGGCGGCGGCGGCGGGGACGCGGGCGACGACGACGACCUGGACGACGACGGCGCGGGCGGCGGCUGCGGCGCGGUGGGCGACGCGGGCGCGCUGGGCGGCGCCCUGGGCGUCGGCGGCGGCGGCGCGGUGAACGGGCGCGGCGGCGGCGGGGGCGGCGGCGGCGGCGGGGGCGGCGGCCUGGGCGGCUUCGGGCCCGGCGCCGACCCCUUCCCCGGGCUCUUCCCGCGCAAGCCGCCGCCGCUGCCCAGCCCCGGGCUCAACAGCGCGGCCAAGCGCAUCAAGGUGGAGAAGGACCUGGAGCUGCCGCCCGCCGCGCUCAUCCCGUCGGAGAACGUGUACUCGCAGUGGCUGGUGGGCUACGCGGCCUCGCGGCACUUCAUGAAGGACCCCUUCCUGGGCUUCACGGACGCGCGCCAGUCGCCCUUCGCCACGUCGUCCGAGCACUCGUCCGAGAACGGCAGCCUGCGCUUCUCCACGCCGCCGGGGGACCUGCUGGACGGCGGGCUGAGCGGGCGCAGCGGCACGGCCAGCGGGGGCAGCACGCCCCACCUGGGCGGGCCCGGGCCCGGCCGGCCCAGCUCCAAGGAGGGCCGGCGCAGCGACACGUGCGAGUACUGCGGCAAGGUGUUCAAGAACUGCAGCAACCUCACCGUGCACCGGCGGAGCCACACCGGCGAGCGGCCUUACAAGUGCGAGCUGUGCAACUACGCGUGCGCGCAGAGCAGCAAGCUCACGCGCCACAUGAAGACGCACGGGCAGAUCGGCAAGGAGGUGUACCGCUGCGACAUCUGCCAGAUGCCCUUCAGCGUCUACAGCACCCUGGAGAAACACAUGAAGAAGUGGCACGGCGAGCACUUGCUGACCAACGACGUCAAGAUCGAGCAGGCCGAGAGGAGCUGA